GGGGAGGGACUAGAGCGCGCUCCGCGGAGACGCGCACGGGAGGGAAGUGGAAAGGCGGAAGAAAGGACGUUGAAUAAACUUGCCAACUUCUAGCCGAGCAGCUAGAAACACAGUCAGAGAACUGUUAUGUUACAGAAGAACUGUUUACUUAUUUCUACACAGAUAUUCUGUUAGCUCACCCACCGGCCUGUCUGCGCAAAGAUAUCUGAGCUUUACUCUGCUAACACCUCCACUCACCGACACGGGACUCCAGCAGUUUUCAAACAGACGACCCGGAGCCGUCCCGCGUCACAAAGUCACAUUUAGCUGCUGUGAAAGUGUUGUGAUAACCGGAACAUUGUUAUAACGGAAACCACACACAGACACACACACAUAUAAACACACAUACACACCAGCGGGAUUCGGGCUGUUCCUCCUCGUGGGGAAAAGUUGUACGAGGCUCGGCGGUCUGUGGUGGAGCCGCGAGGCCUGUAGUCAGGAGGCUGCAUGUGUGAAGUGUGUCGCUGCCUGGGAGUUAGCUAAACCUGCAGAAACAUGUCGGCCCAGGCUCAGAUGAGAGCGAUGCUGGACCAGCUCAUGGGGACGGGGAGAGACGGAGAUUCCAUGCGGCAGAGAAUCAAGUUCUCAGAUGAGCGAGUCUGCAAAAGUCACCUCCUGGAUUCAUGCCCCCAUGAUAUACUGUCUGGCACUAGAAUGGACCUGGGAGAGUGUAUGAAGGUCCAUGACUUGGCCCUGAGAGCAGACUACGAGAUCGCUUCUAAGGAGCAGGAGUACUUCUUUGAACUUGAUGCUGCAGAACAUCUUCAGUCCUUCAUCGCUGACUGCGACCGCAGGACUGAGCUGGCUAAGAAGAGACUAGUGGAGACGCAGGAUGAGAUCAGCGCUGAAGUGGCUGCAAAGGCUGAACGCGUCCACGAGCUGAACGAAGAGAUCGGGAAGCUGCUGGCCCGGGCGGAGCAGCUAGGGGGCGAAGGCAACGUAGACGAAGCCCAGGAGGUGCUGGAAAUGGUGGAGAAGACCCGCGGCUUAAAGAAAGAAGCAGAGGAUGUCUACAGAAACUCGAUGCCAGCCUCCAGCUUUCAACAACAGAAACUCAGGGUGUGCGAGGUGUGCUCUGCGUACCUCGGUCUUCACGACAACGAUCGUCGUCUAGCUGACCACUUUGGGGGCAAACUGCACAUCGGCUUCAUAGAAAUCCGUGAGAAGCUUGAAAAGCUUAGGAAAGCCGUAAUAGAGAAACAAGAAAGAAUGCGGACAAGAAGACGAGAGGAACGUGAAAAAGAUGACGAAAAAGAGCGCGAGUGGGAGGUGGAGCGGGAAAAAGAGCGGGAGCAGGAACGAGAGCAAACCUGGGAGAGAGAAAGGGAGAAGGAGCGGAGAAGGUCGAGAUCUAGAAGUGGAGAACGCUACAGGGACGGGGGAACUUCGUCCUCACACCAUUCAAGACGCCACCGCUCCUCUCGCUCCAGAGAAGAAGCUGGAGAGCGGGCCGUGGAUCGCAGUGGAGAGCGGGCCGUGGAUCGCAGUGGAGAGCGGGCCGUGGAUCGCAGUGGAGAGCGGGCCGUGGAUCGCAGUGGAGAGCGGGCCGUGGAUCGCAGUGGAGAGCGGGCCGUGGAUCGCAGUGGAGAGCGGGCCGUGGAUCGCAGUGCAGAGCGGGCCGUGGAUCGCAGUGCAGAGCGGGCCGUGGAUCGCAGUGCAGAGCGGGCCGUGGAUCGCAGUGGAGAGCGGGCCGUGGAUCGCAGUGGAGAGCGGGCCGUGGAUCGCAGUGGAGAGCGGGCCGUGGAUCGCAGUGGAGAGCGGGCCGUGGAACGGAGUGGAGAGCGGGCCGUGGAUCGCAGUGGAGAGCGGGCCGUGGAUCGCAGUGGAGAGCGGGCCGUGGAUCGCAGUGGAGAUCGGGCCGGGGAACGGAGUGGCGAUCGGGAUCGAGAGAGGAAACAUCGACACAAGGAGCGGCAUCGCUCACGCUCCCACUCUCACAGGAGCAAAAGGAAGAGGUCUUCCAGAGAAAGGUCAUCUCACACUCGCGACGGAGAGCCCUCGCCGUCCCAGGACAAGGGGAGAGAGGGUGCAGCGGUGGAGGGUUGGCGUGAGGACAAGGCAGAGAGCGGCGAGUGGGAAGACAGGGAGAAGUCCCCCCCCACCGUAGACACAGCCAGGAACGAGAGGGAACGAGAGAGAUCCCUGUCCUUAGAACGGGACCGGCGUUCCAGCUCCGAGGAGCGAGAGUCCGGCGAAAUAUGAACAGGAAGCCUCCAAUGUCUUUGAUUUGGAUACAUAAUUACUGAAAAGAGCAUGGAGAGAUGAGUGUCGGAGUGAAUGUGUGUUCAUGUUAAAAGUGGGACAUUAGCCGGGGUGGAUGGUGGAAACUUUACAUGGGAAUGAGGGAACAACUUCAGCGGUGGUGGUCAACGAGACAUUUAAAUCCAACUUUUAUAAGACUGAGUGAGGCUGGUGUGACCCGGAAGCAGACAUUUUUUUUAUGCCAUCUUGUCGAUCUUAUGUACAGUUAUUUUGACAGAGUGAAGAGACAGCAGUCAUACUUUGAGUCUGUUUUUAUUUUACACUCAUGAGGUGCUGUUAUUUUUUUAUUAUUAGUUAGUACUUCGAUGUUGACUAUGUUUUUUUCCUGUUCCUUUAGGAAUCAGUUUCAGUAGCUGUGGUUUCCUUUACACGGGGUGACCUCAUUAGCGUGGCGUCCCUCAGUAAUGUUUUAAAUGAGCUGUGAAUGACUGAAGGCUCCUCUGAUGUUUGUGUUUUAUUCGCUGCCUUCAAGCCAUAACAAUCUCAUUUGGGAAAUCCGACACACAUCACCAAGAAUGCAUUUAACUUGCUGUGAUAAGCCCGUGCUUUGAAAACGAACUCACUUGUCCCCACUGAAAGAAUAAUCCAAAUAUUUCCGCUCAGUUCCUGACUUGUGAAUGCAUAAACAUGAUGUGCAUAUUUGCAGACUGACACUUAAAGGCCCAGGGACUUGUGUCCUGUUUGCUGUGAUACAACCUGGAGGUAUAUGGGGAAUUAAUCUACUUUGCUGUGCCACCAUUAUGAAAAUAAAAUGUUCUGCUUCUAUUCACA